AUGGACACCCAGUUAAGCAUCAAAACCUUACUGACCGCUGCUCGACUUCUAGACGGAGGUCGUGAAGUGAACACCCUCAUACAACCCCAUCCAACUAUGCAAGACGUGCCCGCCGGCACAAUUCCGUCAUCACUUGCCGUGCAACCUCUAUAUGCUGAUUCCAUGGAACCAGAACUCAGGGUCAUUAUCUCAAGGAAGAUGCGCGUUGAACGGAAGCUAUGUUCCGCAUCAACAAGCGCACAACCAUACUGCUCCUCUUCCCCGUCACGGAAAAACUCAUCGAAACACAGCCGGGCCGCCCAUAAUGAAUUGGAGAAAACUCGCCGAGCAAAUCUUCGAGGAUGUUUGGAGACGCUGAAAACUCUCGUACCACCGCUUGGCGAUGCGUCCCGUAAUACAACGCUUGCAUUGCUGACGCGUGCCCGUGACCACAUCAAGGUGAGAUACACUUACACAGACACACGUAAAACGGGCUAUGGGCUGAUGAGAGCAGAUGGGGUUACGUCCGAACUCGCGCCAACACACUUGAUUCCGUUCUCUGCCGGUGUUUUGUUGGAUGUUGCUUACGUCAGACGAGUGCUUGACAGUUUCGAAGGGUAUUCCCCAUCGUCAAAACCGGCCCAAUCUCCUCAGCCUAUUAUUAUUGACCCGAUGGCAGAAGGCUUACUCCCAGCGUUGCCGAUAUGCUAUCCGCGGCCAUCGCUCUAUCCCUACCUCGAUCUCACACCUUCUCAUUCAUGUGCCUCUACUACUCUACACUGGCCCACAUCAGUAGACGAAGACAAAGAGGGAGGGAGAGAUAUCUCUGCACACACACAGCAGCAGCAGAUGAUUACAUAUGAGAAUCCCGAAAACAUGUGCGAUUCAGGACAGCAUCGGUCGCGGAUGUCUGCAGCCACGUGCAUUUCAUCAUGCACGUUAUGUUGUGUUCCGUGCUGCCAUCAGCAGCGAUACGGCUUGUUUAUGUAA